UGCGCCGUUGUGGUUCUGAGACAAGAAACAAAUCGCCCAAAUCAGCUACAUUCGAAAUGGAAAUAAUAUUCGACAUUAAACGACUACUGAACGAGUUUCUUCACAACGAAGGAUGCUCCACAACGGUUAAAUUUCUCGACAAAAGGCUAUGUGAAAUGGGCGAUCUGAUGAUCAAGAGCAAAACUGAUACCGACAUCAGUUUCGACGUGGAGGCGCUUCAACGAACCAGUACAUGCUGGCCGCUUCCGAUAUAUCGCAUCUCCAUCGCUAGUAACGUAGUAUACAUUUGGUUUGAACGAAAAAUUGCAUUUCGUAAUGCCAUCGCUGCGAUGGAAUGGAAACUGCCCAUGACAAACCGUAGCAACGGUUCGGAACGACUAUGCCUAGAUUCACCGGCUAUCCAAGCAGCCACUUCAAAUUCGAUGGCACAUUUCCGGGCGAACGCGCUAACAAAGGUUAUGAAAAACUGUUUUACCUAUGCUGGAUAUAUCAUGGUAGAAAAGGCCCAGCUGGAAGAUACAAAUAUGCUGGCACCCGUAAAGAAGAUUGCGUUUGUCCAAAGAAAAAAUAAAGUAGCCAACGAGCAGCUGGGCGAAAUGGCCGAGCAUGUUGUGGAAAUACUGUCCGGCCCGGUGCUGAUUGGUUCCGACCUCGCAGAUGCGGAUGACUAUAUUAAGCGACGUUCGAACGAAAUGCAAUUGAUCGCCCAACAUCGUUACGGAGUGCGCAUUCGUGAUGUUAACGAACUCGAGAGAAUUGUGGCCAGUUUGGGCCGCUCGGCUGCCAUCGUCGAUGUGCUUCAACAGAAGCAUUCCAGCACAAUCGAUAUGCGCGUAGCAGGGCAAGGCACUACGCGUACACCAACUGCAACCAAGGGGGCCGCCUUUAUUCUAUACAAUUUUGCCCGCUUGGUGUCGAUAUUUAAAAAGUACAGACUAAUGAUGGAACAGGAAGGCUACCCACGAAUUCCACCCGUAAACGAGGUUGACUUUGGUCUGCUCACCGACCCGGAAGAGUGGCAUCUGCUGUACGUGUAUGUGAUCGGAUUUCCGUACGCCAUGAGACGCACGUUGGGUGACAAAGACCUAGAACGGAUCGCCCCACAUCAUCUGUUGGAGUUUACGUUUGGCCUCGUCUCGUGCCUUAGCAAGUACUAUAGAAGUACACGAAUUCUGACCGACAACAGACCAAAGUUGCUUCCGGUUAUGUUUGCUAGAUUGCAUCUGCUGGAAGCCAUAUACAACGUCUUGCAAACCCUCUUGAACUUGCUCGGCUUGGAGCCAAUCGACGAAAUGUAAAAUUUGUAAGCGAAGGAUCGCCUACAAAUGGACGUGAUGUUCCUUAUAUUUAGAUGUUACUUUUUAAUUUUACGUUCUCUGUUUUCUUUCAUUUUUCGGUGAAAUACAUUUGUUUAAUGUAACUGCAGUGCAUGCAUAUCAUAGCGUAUACAGGAUUUAAUCAUCAUAUUAAUCGCAGCAAAAUAUGUUAUUUCUUCCGUUUCACGUACCUUUUAUUUUUCGCGAGGA